UUUGUGGGUUGCACCUCGCGCCGCCACUACACCCUGAGUGCCGCUAAUCGCAGGUUAGCAUUCGAUCUGUGGAGCGUACCUGGGGCCUGCACCUCUCGUGGCCACUCGUCAGGACCCUACAGUCAAUGAGGCGCAGUGUCUACCUGUCCGCUACCUGUGCGUUGGCCUGAGAUAGCCAGGUAGACCACUACUACUCCCUACACCCACACGUCGCUGUCGCCCGUUGUGGUGGUGUCCGCCUGUGAGGGGGGAACAGGAAAGUGUGGGAUUUAAAAAACUUGCGCUUGGUGACGGGGCUGUACACCAGCGUGAGGAGUCGGCGUGGAUACUACUGUCUACUACUGUCUACCUGCUGUCUACACACCUGGCUGUUGUUUGUGAAGGAUUAGCUUUGUGUCUGUGAUCGACUUCCCCUCUGUACAAGCAGUUCACUUUUUUUAAUCGGUGUUUGUGCGACAAAUCAGAGCAUCAGGCGCGUUGUGUGAUCACUACAUCCGUGUGUCUCAUCCUUUGUCCAUCUCGUGGUUCAAAACCCAGCGGCCGGCCAAACACCAAAAGCAAAAAAAGUCCCGGCAAUGCUUCUUCUUUCCCUGGCCAGGACUCGAACUCAAAACACGUGGUGGUUGUAAAAGAGGAGUGGAGGGGGACGACAUCGGGCCCUCUGGCGGUCGUUGAGAGUCGCGGUGGUGUUGUCAUCUCCAGCGCAGCAGAGACUCCUGAUGUGGAGGUACAGAGAGGAGGCUGCCGCCGUCACGAGACCACCACCCCCCUGUCGACACUGUCGUCCUGCUCGAGCCCUGUCUCCCGGACCCGCUCAUCCAUGUAAUUAUCGGCGUCAUCGCACGGAGGCCCAGACAUCGUAUGUGCCAGAGCUCUGUUUGGAGAAGGGAUAACCCUGCGUAUGCCGAACACCAGAAAUCUUAUCAGCAGGUGAAAAAGCCUACCUUUUAGGGUCACAGGGGAGGGAGUUUUACUUUUAAGCAUUUAAACGCAGGUGAAAUGAGUCCGGGCAUAGCUGGGUUGUCUCAAUCUUCAACUUUGGUGCAGUUGGUGGGUGCCUGGGGUAGAGUUUGUAUGCAUGGAAAUAGUUUCAGCGUCGUGCAUUGUUUGAAGGCCGAGGGUUUGCGAGGCAGGGCCAGCCAUAGGUUGACCUAUGAACCGCGGCGCUCACCCACCACCGAGGCUGUUGCCGCUUGAAGGGGUCGCGUACCUCCGCACAGGCUCACCCUCAAUCUCUGGCUGUUCUCUCCUCGCGUCUGUCGCCUCCGCCACGCUGCCACGCCGCUUGCAACCACCUCCUCCACCACUGCUGCUCCCUUCCUGGAUGUUGGCGCCGCCGCUGGUGGUGGUGAGCCCGUGGGUAGUUGUCGCAAUGUGUGCGACCAGUUUGCGGGGCUAAACUCACGGGGUGGGUGGAGGGAGGUAGACAGCGGCCGCCACCCCCUUCCCGCGCGCCGCCUGACGGAUGCAGCGUCUUGCAGGUGCACGAGGUGUGGGUGGGGGAGGAGAACGUUGAGGAGGAUGCAGUGACCGUUUCCAGGCCGAGGGAUAUAAAGGCCACGUGAAACUCUCUCAGAAGCCACACAAAGUUUGGCGCCGUCCACCAGUUCACCCGGCGAUCCACGUGCUCGGCCGGCAGGUAAGACAAGACUGUGCUCACCCGGGUCUGGCAAGCCCGUCUCUCCCUCAGUUCCUAGAGAAGAAGGAAUUGCGGUGACCCUUCACCUCCUGACGGACGCGCGCAAGCCCUCGACAAGUCGUGAAUAAAGUUCGACACUUCAAGCAGACAAGAAAAGGGAAAAGGAAGAGAGACGAAAACAGAAAAGGUAGCAAAGAGAUUGAAAUUGUGUUUGCUUCCGUGACAGCAAAACAGAGAAAAGAGCUUUUACUUUUUUUAAAUCAGGACUUCAUUUUUUUUCUCCUUCCUUCACUUUCAUGUACUUUCAUUAAGCACGAAGAGGAGAGCAGAGCGAUGGAUGCCCACCACAGGGAGGUGUAACAGUUGAAGACGUUGAAGGUUGGGGGCAGUGCUGGGGGCGACGGGAGGAGAGUUACCAGCUGUUUGGCCCCCGCUCCCCCGUGUGUGGGGCUCGCACCCCCACCGCCUUGUGCAACUGCCAGUCGGUGUGUACACUCCAUCUUGUCCUCGUGGUGCCUGGAGUUUACUGUGAAGCCAAGACGUGUGUUCACUUAGAAUGGAACGAAGGAAAAACACCAGGGAGGGAGGGACAUUAUGAGGCAAAGAGCUUCCGUUUGUGAUACUGGCCGACGCAGGUUGUUGACUCUGCUGCUUACAUUGCUGCUUGGGUAUCUUAGCAUUCAUACGGUCAAUGGUUCACCAGCCAACCUGGGGAAUCUGUCCGAGCAAUUCAGAUCCUUGACGGGAGGGACUCCGUUUGUGCGCACCUACCGCCUGUUGUCGCGAUGUAGCGAUAAGUACGUGCAGAUGAAGCUGGGCGACAAGAAAAGGGCCGUGGAUGCCAAAGGCUUGAAGAACAGUGACUAUGCGCUUCUUAAAUUUGAAUCCCAUCCGGGCGGACAGGGGAUGUUUCGGAUAUACGGCGAGUACGCUCAGAAAUAUCUGUGCUUCAGUAGGAAAGGUCGCCUGAUUGUGAGGAGCGAGGCGGAGGAAGACACCUGUGUGUUCCGGGAGAAGGUCGACGACAACUACACCAUGCUGCAGUCGCAAGCAAACUCCAACUGGUACGUCGGCUUCAGCCCAAAAGGAAAAAAACUCAAAGGCUUCGGCAUUCGCAGGAGGAAGCGACAAAAAUGUUUCCACUUCACCAGUCGGGUCGUCUCGCAAGCCACCCCUCGCGCACGCCCCAAGUAUGGCCCCCUAGCGCGGGAGGACUUCCCGAAAAUCCCGGUACCCAAAUACCGAUGACCAGCAGCCCCAGGGUGGUCCCUCGGGGGUGGACAGCCAACUUGAAAGUGAGUCCGAGCAUCUGCAAAGGGGUGAAUAGUUGGAAGGGUGAAGAGAACUUUCUGUUUUGGAUCUGCCUUUUCCCACCACCCUGGUUAGGGUGAGGAGCAAGGGUACUAGCAGACAUGGGGUGGGUGGGUUAGGCCUCGCCACCGAGGUCACAUGACCCUUUUGCAAGUGUCCCACAGUCGAGCUGGUGCCCGUUCGGGGGUCAAGGACGAAUGCGCAGGGCUGACACUCAGUGGUACGAGGACUCCAGUUGUACUACCACCUCCACCACCACCAACAGCCGCCGCCGCCGUCGCCUGCCUCCUCCACUUUCUCUCCCACCCCAAUCCACCCCAACACCCAACACCACCACCACCACUCUUGCCGGAGUCUAGUAGACUUGUGGGCCAGGUAAGGGGUCACAAAGACGAGUGCCGCCUCAAGUGUAGAGAUCGCCGGCUCCCGUCGCCAGGGCGACGCCGAUCCGACUAGGCGACCGACAAGUGGCCCCGGGCGGGCGACGGCGCAUGGCGGAGAGAGAGAGUAAACACUCGACAGACAACAGAGCCCGUAUGUACACAUCUUUCUCUACAUCACUGUCUCGGCCACUGAGCCGUCCCCUCGCCUGUUCCGCGCAUCUGGGGUGCAGAAGUGGAGCCGGAGGUUCGAGUCUCAGGGGAGGACUUUCACCCCUUCCCCACUCCUAAAACUGGAAAAAAAGAAGAAAUGGCUGAGUUGAGCUCACGACUUUGCUGGUGCACAGACAUGCGUGGAUGACAAACUGGCGCGUGACGGUGCGAGACUGACUGUGUCGGCUUGGUGCUAACCUGUCGGAGGAUGUUGCACCACGCGCAUGCGUGUGUAUGAGUGAGUUUGUGUGUGUGGUCGGCUUUCGUCUUCAUGUCGUCGUCCCCAGCCUCGUCUGCCGCGUCUUCUGUGGUCGUCAGUGUCCAUGCUGGCUAGAGCUUCGCGUCGUCAGCAUCCGUCGGCAGCAUCGUCCUCGCCUACAAGCUUGGCAAGCCUGUGUUGCCAGGCAACGUGUGUGUGGACCGUUGUGUACUGAACCAAGGGCUGUGCAUUUCCGAUGACAUCAACGCAGUCAAGGGAAGAUAACCCUGCUGAAGACAGACUGCUGAGGUUUGUGCGAUUCGGACCAGAAUUAUCUUUGUCAUCCUUCGCAUCGUCCAUGGAGACAGUUUGGCCGUCGUCAGCAGCGAUGUGUUGUGAUGACUGUGACUCUAGGUGUGGGCUGGGUUCAGCUGGUGAUGUGCACUUCAAACACUGCCCGUUCUUUUCACAUUUCUCUGUAUGUAACACGUAGCUGUAUACCAGGCGGAUAUAUCUGUAUAUGGGAUCACAUUUGUUCACUUCUGACUACCUUUGGUCUGAGUCGGUUGACAGAGGGGAGGGAUGCUAAGCUCAAAAGACAAUGCAAGCAAAGCUCGUGCUGACGGUACCCGGAAGUAAAUGGAACCAGAAGGAACGUUAGGACGUUGAUAAAUAAUUGGAUAAUUUGCUGUCUAUCGAUGACAUUAGUUUUCACUGUAAAAAAAGAAAAUCUACCUCUUGAUGACCGUGUCAUUGGUCAGUUACUAUCGCCAACAUGACUUGCUACACCACACGCACGCGCGCACACACACACAAUCACACCACACACCGUGGUCACGUGACAUUUCGGUCAACGAGUCACGAGAACUCCGAGAAAAGCCGAGAACGCUGGUGAUCCACUGACCAAAUACCCGAUUAUUUGGCACCCGAGUUUUAUCUCCUUUCCCUUUGUUUUGUUUUUGGCACGUGCACAAUCCUGUCGUUAGUACGAGUCUAACAUUGAGGGUAGGAGGGAGAGAAGGAGAAACACUGGUAGGAUUAUCUGUCGACGCACAAAUGUCAUUCACACACACAGAGGAGCCGCAAUGGUCCAGCGACUUGUAACAAACAUUACUUACCAUAGUGUCCUACUAGUAUUAAUCUUGUACAGAGUAUGAGAAGGACUGGGGCACUACGGCGCGCGAGCAGUCUGCCUCACGUGGCUGGUACGUCCGUCUCACGUAGCGUGCGGCCGUGGGGACACUGUGAAGGACUCUGUCCGCAGGACUACUGACUGUUGAGAGAUUAUUCACACAUUUAACUGGUGUAAGUUGGACAGAAAUAAAAACCGUUGUGUACUUCUUGUAGUUUUUUUUUCCUCCUUUCUGAAUUUUCAAGUCAUUCCAUUCACAUAGAUUUUGUUGUUGUUGUUGUACAUGUAUCUUGAUGUAUAUCAGCACUGUGCGCUACUCCACUGUAUCACAGUGUAACGGCGGUUUGUCGGUUGGUUCGCUUCCCGCGUAACUGCCACGUCACUUUUCUCGUGAGUUAUGUCCCCUAAGGAAAAAAUGAAAAAUAAAAUUAAAGACUAUUCUUGAGACGACCCCCACACCACCCCCAGUAGAACGACUUUGAUUUGUUGUUAAUUUUUGGUGGCAAAAAUAAUUGUGAUGACUUCUCACCCAUAAUUUUAAAAUUUGUGAAAUGUUGUACAGGAUCAGAAUAGUCGCCAACUCCGCUAGCGCCCAAACUUUCUUUUUUAAAUCAGUGAACAAGGCAUUUGCAGUGGGGAUGUUUACUUUGACAAUUUGUCAAACAUCCUGUUGUUUUCCUUCUUGUGAUUACGAAAACACCAAAACAAGUUGAGUCUUGCUCGAGUGAGGGUUACACGAGGAACCAUAAUGAUGGCCAGUAUGGACAGCCCCCAUCGUCGGGUUCGUCCUUUCCUAAGCCUGUUGGUUCAAGGAAAGUUCUUGCUACUCGGCGACUGUAGGUGAAGUGUGUCUACAAUAAGCUUGUAUCAUUAUUGCAGUUUUCUUAAUCAUUUAUCUCAUCAUGCGCGUCUCUUGUCCUUCUUUAAUUGUGAACCCGUCGUGUCUGCUUGUUCCUGACUCACUUCCACCCGAUCAUCAGCUUAGCUCGUCCUUCACACCCGGGUUUGUUUUUUUUUUCUUCCACAAUAUCUUGAAAAGUGCAAUCUAUUUGUUUUUCCUGUGUUAAGAAAUUUAAACAAAACAGAAAAAUGCGUGUAUAGUCUUAGGAAAUCUUCUGUCCACUUCGUUCAUAUGUCGAUAAUUAAGUUUCGGAAACUGAAAGGUUAAAAGGUUAGCGUAGACAGUGAAGGUUGCUGUCAUACAGUAAUGGCAGUCACCUUGGCUAGGAACUACUUUCUGCGCAGGAGAGACGAUAAAUAUGUUUUUUUGCCAGAAGGGCUUUUGUAGUACGAGGUAAAGAGGUUGAUGUGCUUUCUUCAGCAUAUCUGAUCGUUUCUGGAAAAUUAUUUCGCGUGGUGAAUGUUUAUCUUCCAUCACCGACAAAGUUAAAGAGGGUAGGGCCCGUAAAGUCUCACGACAAACAACUGGAGGGCAAAGAAGUGCGAAGUUUUGGUGGAGAACGAGUGGAUUCCAUCCACCCGGGCUUCCUUGUGUUAGAAAGAUUACAAGCAAUCUCACAGCACAAAGAUUGGUGACCUUUGACACUGCUCGGUGAUCACUACAGGUGAUCUUCCCUCUACUCUUGCCCAUGGCAGACGCUUUCCUUUUUUCACUAGUAGCCAUGUACUUUCCUGUCGGUUUUUCUUCGGCCUUUGGUUGUUAGUGCCCAAAAGUUCUUCUUUUGGAAGAAAUCCGCUUCGAUGAGAUAGAUGCCAUGAGUGUCUUUAUUAUUGCUUUGCCUAAAGCCGGAGUCAUUUCCAUCUGUUUUGUCUGGUUGUCUGGUCUUUUAUUUCUUGUAUGAACAGCUGGUGGACGUCCUGGUCUGGCUGUGUGUCUGUGUGCACGGUGAGUGGCCAAGAGGACACAGCCAGCUGGUCCACAGAUCACUAGAUGUGUGGUCCUCAUAGGUCGUUAGUGGAACUGUUCUGGGUCUGGCUUGAUGCUUCUGAUGGAAUUCAAGAACAGUUUUGGCGAUAUAUGUUUUUUAGUUUAUUUGUAGCUGUAGUUGUAUUUUAAUCAGUAACAGAGAUCGCCAGGAAGAACACAAUAAGGCAUUGCUUGUGUGGACUAGAUCACGUGAUAUGGAUAAUAUCACAUGACAUGAAGAACUCCCGAGCUGCAACUGCUCUGUGCAGAAUAGCUUGCUGAGCCUUCUCCCCGACCCUCGCAGAUCGCCCACCCUUUCCUGCCACCGUCUGGAAGGUUUCUAUGAUUUGUGUGCCAUGAAAAGGCUCUGCCAGGUCCUUGCCGCCUUUCUCCAAAUGUCCAUUCAGUGCGUGUCCCGCGCGCACUUCAGUGUUCAAGGCAGACUAUGGCUACCUCUCCGUUCUCCGAUUUCGAUCAUAACUCCAGAAAGUAGGGACACAUAUCCUUUGGUCCGUAAACAGUUUUUCUUCCCGUCCUCUUGUGAGGUCUGGCUGCUACAAAGGAGCCGAGACCUCGGGGGCAGCCUGUUUAGUGCUGACGUGACCCUCCGGGGUCUGGCUCGCCGGGUUCCUGACAACUGGUAUCACCGACGAUUCGGCGAAAACCGCACUGGAUGAUGGGAAAUACGAAAGAACCGCUGUGAAAACCAGCAUCACCUCGGCAUGGACGACGUGUGAACACAAGUUGCUGGCUGUGGAGUGGACAAGACACUCGGAAAGUUCCAAGACCGCCACCCCACAAUUCCUUGCGUCUGGUGCGGGUAGUAGGCGUCAGACUAGCGCGAGAACUUAUCGCUGCUAACAGUUUCUCUUUCCGACUUGUUUGAGGAAAGCGAAGAAACUUUGGAUCCCAGGACCAUGUUUCCUCGCUCACUUUAUAGUUGGGUACCUUUCAGAACCCAGAUGUACCAGACAUCAACUUCUUUUGCAGCUUCAGGUCUCAUCCGGGUUGUUCGCUUAGGCAAGUCGACCUCUGGAAGAGAUCUCUAAAUAUUUCUUUCAUUUUUAUUGACGAUCGUGAGGUCACUAAACGUGGGUCACCUCGAGUUUCUCUGGAGUUUUACGUUCGAGCUAGACUGCAGGUUGCUUUGACGACGACCUUUGCCUCGCGUAGCCUAGCAACGAGAUUUCGGUACACGAAGUUUGGUGAUGGCGGCGUCCGCAUCCUGGCACAAUGUCCAAAGGGGCGAAGUGGCUAGAAUCCAACAGGCCUCCAGACUCGCCUGUCCGUGACCUUUUGUAGCAGAUAACCUCACAGGGGUCACAAAGUGGGGUGUGCAUGCACCCGCCUUCCUCACGCACCACCCACCUUCACUCGCUACGGACUCCAGUUCCUAAGUGUCGACCGACAGCUGAUGUCGUCCUUUGUGUGAACUGUGUCACUGUGUAAACUGUGUCACUACAUCCUGUUUGUGUGAACUGUGUCACUGUGUAAACUGUGUCACUACAUCCUGUUUGUGUAAACUGUGUCACACUGUAUCGUGUUAUUUGAGUGACAUUAAUGUGUCAGUGCGCCUCACUGUCUCGAGUCUCUCUGACCGUGAUGUUCCCAAAUGUUUCUUUGUCCUAAUCGUGCUUGUUGCAAGUUGUGGGCCACCGGUCACCGCCAUCAUGGCGGCCACUGGUUGCUGUCCACGGAAGAGUCGAGAUCAAAUGGCAGAAUACUUAUGGUUAGACACGGUUUUAGUUUUGGCCGCUGAUUGUUCCCCCCGUGUUUUAUAAUCGUCGGUCCGACCAGCAAUAUUAUCGCUGGCCUUGUACAGUUAUCGUAACAAUCCUUGGCAUUAUUUUCCUCGCUGGUUGUCGAUGUUAUUGGCGUGAUCAUUACUUAACAUUCACAUUAUCAUUUGCAAAGUCAUCUUCUUUCCUAGCUUUUGCGAUGUCUCAUAGGUAUUGUCACAUAGCGAAUGAGGGGAUUUCCAAGGUAGAUGCUGCCUUGGUCAAAAUUAGUUUCCACUGAUUGCAGAAUACAGUUGUUACCAUCGAUUCCACUGCUUACUUCCCUUUAUCCUUAAUCUUUUAAUAAAUUCUUUGCCUUUCUGUUGAAGCUUGGGUUUCGAACGAACGAAUGUAAUUUUUGUUAUAAGCGAGGAUUAAGUGGUCAGAUACGUGAAAUGAAAAGUUGGUGUAGUUUAGUGGGCUUGGCGAGUGGUUAGUGAGACUAGUGAGGCUGACAGGGCUCAGAGAAAGUAGGAGGGAGAGAGUUUGCAUCAUGGAGGUACAUGCAGACAGAGGGGGGAGUGGACCCAUGCACCACGUAGCAUGGUGUUGUGAAGUUCGAGUACCAAACGGUGCCAGGAGCUUAGGUGGGAGGACCCGCAAGCUGGACACGAGGACCUCGCCCUAGCGUGAUGUCCCUUGCCAGCCAGGGUCUUAACACCGGUGUGUCAAGAUAACUCCUGGGGUAAGACUUUACCCUCCUUCCCACUGUCUGCGUGCGUGCAGACCUAUCUCUCUGCUGCUGUACGAUGUAACAAAACGAGGGCCUUUACAAUAGAUGUAUGUAGGCUUGAACCUUUCCCCUUCACCAGGGUUCAUCAUGACGUAGAACUGUUUCCCUUAGGGUACCGUGACAAAUAAAUCCCCUUCCUGUACUCAGGUAACUUUUCCUAAAGUUUCGAACCCUCUAACUUCACAACUCCACUUGGUCAGACCAGUAAAGUCAGCAAGCGUGUCAUGUCAUAUGGCAGGUCAUGUGAUUAUUAGCCAAAAGUAGUUUGUGUUGAUUUGGAGUUAGAACUAAAAAUUCCUUCCCUAAGUAAGCAGUCGAGCUCAUGUUCAUGCAGGUGUGUGCAGGUGUGCACGAGCAAGCUUGACGGGAACCUCGCGAAGCAUAAUACCCCAUCACCACCCCUAGACAUAAUUCGGUCUCUGAUAAGAUACAUGAACUCAGAUGCCCCCACCUACCUUCCUACUGUUAUUCGCCCCUACAGGGGAGGAAAGUAACUUGCUUGGUCGGGUAGCCAGCCAGGCAUGUCGCCCUCCUGCAUUUUCCGUUUAUCUCCCAUUAAUCAUGACGUCACCUUCAUUCAGAUCUCGUAUGCAAAACAUGAGUCUGUACGUACAUAAGGACUGAAUGAGGUUGCUGUAUAAGCCAAAGAUAUAUUUAUUUAAUGAGAUGAUGUACAUAUUUGAUGCUACUCGUGUCCUGCAAGUUAUUUAUGCACUGAGUGCAGUAGCCAAAUCAACAAACGUAAUAAUAAAAUACGAAAACAGGCAC